ACGGGCCCGGCCCGGUCUCACCGCUCCCCUCUCUCUGUCCCCAGGUUUCCCUCGUCGGACUGCUCCAAUGGAACCCCCCCGGGCUCGGACCGGCUCUCCGCUGGAGAAGCUGCUGGAUAACGGCACCGCCAGAACGGCCCAGCCCGACGCUCCCAGGGACGGGGGGUUCCCCGACGGGGCGAGCGUCUCCUGGUACGUCCUCACCAUCAUGGGCGUCUACGGGGUCAUCGUGGUCUUCCUGCUGGCCAGCAGCAUCCUCCGCCAGGGAGAGAGGCUCCCCAACGCGAGCGCCGGCCUCCCGCGGAAAGGGGCCGCGGGCGGAGCCCCUGACGGCCCCUGGCCGACGGUCAGCGUCCGAGCCGGCCUGGGGCCCGACAGCAGCAGCCCGGACCCGAGGCGGGAGUCAGCCGACGCGGCCGGGAAGGAGGGGAUCGAGGGUGCCGGGGGCUCGGGCCCAGGUCGGACUGGGGUCCCGGAGUCGACCGGCACAGCCCGCUAGAGCGGAAGCUCCUCGAGGACGGAGAUCGUGUCUGCUUACUUGAGCGUACUCUUCCAAGCACACACCAGGGUGUCCUGCACACAGUCAGCACUCAAUAAAUACUAAUGACUGACUGAUGGACUGAUUGAUAGGAAAGGGGAGUCUCGCGAGGCAAAGAGC